AUGCCCCACUCAGAAUCCAAAAUGGGUGAACCAAUCGUCAAUGGCGAGAAGCACUCUCACUUCCUGGAGCAUUUGACUUCUUACCCUGUUGUCUCGGACUCCAUCUCCUACUACAAAGGCAACCCCUACGGAGCCAAGUCCAUUGAAUUGGUCGAUCAUGGCUACACCCGCCUGGCGAAGCCCGUACUGCCUUACUUCUCCACUCCCUACAGCUAUGUAGCACCCUACCUCGCCCGUGCCGACUCUCUUGGUGACAAGGGUCUCACCGAGAUCGAUACUCGCUUCCCCAUCAUCAAGGAGGAUACUCAGAAGCUGCGCGGCUCGAUUUACAACCGGGCCUCAUUCCCUGCUCGUCUGGCCGGCGAUGCAAAGACCCACCUCUACGAUAUCUACGGAUCUGAAUACAAGAAAUGCGGUGGUGAUGGUAUCUUUGCUUCUGGAAAGGCGGUAGUCACUACCAGCUUGGUGCUGUCACAGGAGUCACUGGCUUGGAUCAGCACUUUCCUACAGACCAAGAAAGAGGAGGCCAAGGAGAUUGUUGAGAAGAACAGCCACUGA